UCGUCUCCUUGAAGUUGGGGUUGGACUUUGUAAUCUCUCUCUCUCUCCCUCCCUCAUAUUUUUCUAUCUUGGGAGUUGUGAAAAUUAGCUUACAACAAUUACGAGGAGAAAAUACUAAUCGGUUAGCAGAAAAUUAGUGUAUAUAUAAUUUAGACCAGGAAGUUGUUAAUUUAGUCAGUUUAACAGCUGGGUUUAUGGAGGAAAUAAAUAAGAAAAUAGGAGGAGAAGAAGGGAGCUUAAAUGGGUUCUCUCCAGUUUCUUCUACUCCAGUUUUUUGGAAAUCUAGGAAAAGAUCAGCAACGAGUGCAAAGAAUCUAGACAGUGCAGUAAAUGAUUCCAAAACUGAAAAAGCGAUGGAAAAACAAGAAGAUACUAUCAUGGAUGAAAACCAGCAAGAAUCAAACAGUGUUUCCGUUCUUUCUGAGAAACGGAAGGCUUUAUUUGAACCACUGGAACCCGUAAGUGGUCGACGACCUUCAGCUGAAUCCUUACUUCCGCCUCCUGACUUUGAAUCCGCUAGCUAUCCAAAGGGGUGGCUGAUUGGGAAGAGGCGAAAGCUAGUAAAUGUUGACGUUGUCGAGAGUAUGCGAAGGAUUGCAGUACAGGAAAUAAAUCGAAAGGAUAGGGAAAUAGAUGGCCUGAAUGUGCAAUUAGAAGAGGAUGCUCGAGUCUUAGAGCAUCUUCAACUCCAGCUACUCGAAGAACGAAGCAAGCGCACUGAUGUAGAGAGAACAAAUGCUAUGCUGCAAGACCAAAUUACAAUGCUUAUGAAUAUGUUACAAGAGAAUGAACCAGAAGAGGAUGAUGGACCCGACGAGCCCUGAAUUUCAUUUUUUCUUUUCUUUUCUUUUCGUGCCUUAUUCUUUUGUAUAUUUAUAUCCCGAAGUCUUAAAAUAUGCUUUAUUGUAGAUGUAUUGUCUCUUCUUCCUGGUUUUGCUCUUGUAGUUUUUAUUUGAUUACCAUGUAAGGUGAGUUAGAGAGUAUUCAGUACUGAAUGUGUAUGAAGAUGUUAUAAUUCUGCAUGGUUUGUUGCUGUUGAAAUACUGAAUGAAUUAAGUUGCACAAAAUACUGAUUA